GUCUUUGUUUCUUUUUUUAUGUCUAGUCUAUUAUUAAAAAUAAAAACAAUAAAGGUGAUUUGAUAGGGAGAAGAAGUAGUAGUAGUGAUUCGAAGAUCCCAGUUGCAAUUAUUUGCAAGCUAAGGGAGUGAUCAUGGAUUCUCAUAAACUAACGGCGCUUGUUGUUGAUGAUGAUAGGAUGGUACGAAUUAUCCAUGGAAAGAUGUUGAACAGUGUUGGGGUGAAAAAUCAAGUUGUGCAAAAUGGUAAAGAAGCCAUUAAUGUUCAUCUCUCUGGUCAAAGCUUUGACCUAAUUCUAAUGGACCUGGAUAUGCCUAUCAUGAAUGGCAUCGAGGCAAUAAAAGAACUUCGAUCAAUGGGAAUUUGUAGUACGAUUGCUGGUGUUUCAGCACGGUCAAUGGAAUCACAUAUUCAAGAAUUUAUGGAAGCAGGAUUAGAUGAAUACUUAGAGAAGCCUCUAAAUAUUGCUAAGCUUACUUCAUUCAUUCACAAAUUCUAUGCUACAAAUUAAACUCUAUUUUAGUUAUAUAGUUGCA